UUGUUUGAUUAGUUAGGUCUGACUGGCGCGGGGAGGCAGCACGCGGGCCAUAGAGACGUACAGUGGCAUUCUGUAUUUUGUUUUCACAUAGUAAAGAAAAAACAAAAGCCGUCUUAUUUUCUAAAGUAAUGGCGAACUCUCAAGAAGACAAGCUUUACAAAUCCGAAUAUGCAAAAAGUGGACGGGCAUCUUGCAAAAAAUGCAAAGAGAACAUUGCAAAGGAGUCCCUCCGGAUGGCAAUUAUGGUUCAGUCUCCUAUGUUUGAUGGCAAAGUCCCUCACUGGCAUCACUUUUCAUGCUUCUGGCAAAGAGCCAGAGUUCUGUCCCCUGGGGAUAUUGAUGGGUUUUCUGACUUGAGAUGGGAAGAUCAGGAGAAGAUCAAGAAAGCCAUCGAAACAGGAGGGGUGACUGCUGGAGGUAAAGGUGAUAAAGAGGGCAGCGGUAAAGCAGAGAAGACCUUGAGUGAUUUUGCUGUGGAGUAUGCUAAAUCCAACAGAAGUACCUGUAAGGGGUGUGAGCAGAAGAUAGACAAGGAACAAAUUCGUGUGUCCAAGAAGAUGGUGGAUCCUGAGAAACCUCAGCUUGGUAUGAUAGAUCGUUGGUACCACAUUGGCUGCUUCAUUAGUAGACGAGAAGAGCUUGGGUUCAUGCCAGCAUACAACGCAUCUCAGCUGAAAGGAUUUCCCAAUUUAAAGGCAGAAGAUAAAGAAGAGCUGAACAAAAGGCUCCCAGCUGUCAAAAGUGAAGGAAAGAGAAAAGCCGAUGAAGUAGAUGGAGAUUCCACCAAAAAAAAGAAGCAGAAAAAAGCAGACAAAGAAGAAAAGCAGUUAGAGAAGCAGCUGAAGGAUCAAAGUCAGUUAAUCUGGAACAUUAAAGAUGAGAUGAAGAAGUGCAGCUCCACGAACGACAUGAAAGAGCUGCUGAUUGCAAACAAGCAAGAAGUGCCUUCCGGGGAGUCUGCUAUCCUUGACAGAAUUUCUGACUGCAUGGCAUUUGGUGCCCUGAAACCGUGCGAGGAAUGCCAAGGGCAGCUGGUAUUUAAGAGUGAUGCGUAUUACUGCACUGGAAACAUCACGGCAUGGACCAAGUGUGUCUUUAAAACACAGACACCCAACAGGAAGGAUUGGGUCAUUCCAAAGGAGUUCCAUGAAAUACCCUACUUGAAGAAGUUCAAGUUUAAAAGGCAGGACAGAAUCUUUUCUCCUGCCCCUGUGUCUCCCCCUCCCACCACAACAAACUCCAGUGCUCCCAGUCUUGGUGCUGCUCCAGUACCAGAAGACAAACCCCUAACAAACAUGAAGAUCCUUUGCAUUGGGAAACUGGUCAAAAGCAAAGAUGUGCUGAAAACUGUAAUUGAGGAAUUAGGUGGAAAAACAACUGGAACAGCUAACAAAGCUACCCUGUGUAUCAGCUCAAAGAAAGAGGUAGAGAAGAUGUCCAAGAAGAUGGAAGAAGUGAAAGAGGCCAAUGUUCGGGUGGUCUCUGAAGAGUUCUUGACCGAUAUUAAGUCCUCAGGCAAGGCCCUGCAGGAGCUGCUAGCUCUUCAUGGGAUCUCAUCCUGGGGAGCAGAGGUGAAGCUGGAAACCUCUGCCACCAAGUCUGUUGGCAUGCCAGCUGGAAAGAGCUCUGGGAAGGUGAAAGAGGAGGAAGGCUCCAGUAAAUCUAAGAAGAUGAAGUUAACUGUAAAGGGAGGAGCUGCUGUGGACCCUGACUCUGGUCUAGAAGAUGGUGCUCAUGUUCUUGAUCAAAAUGGUAAAAUCUUUAGUGCAACUCUGGGACUGGUGGAUAUCAGCCGAGGAACAAACUCUUACUACAAAUUACAGCUGCUGGAAGAUGAUGUUAAAAAGCGAUAUUGGGUCUUUAGGUCAUGGGGCCGUGUGGGCACAACAAUUGGAGGUAACAAGUUGGAUAAGUUCUCUGAUAAGAAUGCAGCCAUCGAUAAUUUCCUGUCGGUUUAUGAAGAGAAAACUGGGAACUCCUGGCACUCAAAGAACUUUACCAAAUACCCAAAUAAAUUCUAUCCUCUGGAGAUAGACUACGGACAGGACGAAGAGGCCGUAAAAAAACUAACAGCCAGUGCCGGUACCAAAUCCAAGCUGGCUAAGCCAGUCCAAGAACUUAUAAAGAUGAUCUUUGACGUGGAGAGCAUGAAGAAAGCUAUGGUGGAGUUUGAGAUUGACUUGCAGAAGAUGCCUCUCGGAAAACUAAGUAAAAGGCAGAUCCAGAGUGCAUACUCCAUCCUCAGUGAGGUUCAGCAGACUGUUUCUGCUGGAGGUUCAGACUCACAGAUCCUGGAUCUGUCUAAUCGUUUUUAUACCCUCAUUCCACAUGACUUUGGAAUGAAGAAGCCUCCUCUCUUGAACAACCUGGAAUAUAUUCAGACCAAAGUCCAUAUGUUGGAUAACCUCCUUGACAUUGAGGUUGCGUACAGCCUUCUGCGAGGAGGAGCUGAAGAUGACAAGAAAGAUCCCAUUGACAUCAACUAUGAGAAGCUCAAAACUAAGAUUGAGGUUGUUGACAAGGAAUCCAAAGUGUUCAACCUCAUUUUGGAUUAUGUCAAGAACACUCAUGCUGCUACGCACAACUCCUAUUCUCUUGAAGUUGAAGAUAUCUUUGAAAUAGUUCGUGAGGGAGAGUACCAGCGUUAUAAGCCAUUCCAGGAGCUUCCCAAUCGCCAGUUGCUUUGGCACGGUUCUCGCACCACAAACUUUGCAGGCAUCCUUUCUCAGGGUCUGCGCAUUGCCCCACCCGAGGCUCCAGUUACUGGUUACAUGUUUGGAAAAGGCGUUUAUUUUGCUGACAUGGUCUCAAAGAGUGCCAACUACUGCCACACCUCCCAGGCUGAUCCUGUGGGUCUGAUUCUGCUGGGUGAGAUUGCUCUAGGAAAUAUGCAUGAGCUGAAGAAAGCUGCUCAUAUUUCUAAAUUACCUAAGGGUAAACACAGUGUUAAAGGUUUGGGUAAAACUGCCCCAGAUCCAAGUGCUACUGUUACUUUGGAUGGAGUGCAAAUUCCCUUGGGAAAAGGUGUUUCAACAAAUAUUCCUGACACCAGUCUGCUCUACAAUGAAUACAUUGUGUACGAUGCAGCACAGGUGAAUCUCAAGUACCUGUUGAAAAUAAAAUUCAACUACCAGACUUCCCUGUGGUGAGGAUACCAAAAUUCUCCCUAGAUGAAGCCUCAUCCCCCAAGCUGCUUGGGCUUCUUACUCCAACACAUGCUGUAGGAAAGGAUAUUUGGCUUUCUUGCACAAACAACUGCUAUAUAGUGUUUUUGUUCUAGUUUUGUUGCAGCUGUACACAGUUCAGUACAAUUGUCGUCAGUGCACUGACUUCAGCUUUUGAGUACAGUAGUUGUAAUACAAAUGUAGCACUGAUUGUUAAGCAGAAAACUUACUUGGUGAAACUGACAAACAGUCUUCUCAAAAAUAGAGCUACAAGCCAUAACGUUACUUUAGUAAGGCGCUGUAUGGUAAAGUUUAAAUAUUUUACAUAGGCUACAAUCUGAAGUGUAUCUAUGAUAUAUCUAUACAAGUUGAUUUCAUUUUUUUUCUUAUUUGAGCUGUUUUAAGUGGCAUGGAGUCAUUGCAUACAGCUAUUUAAAAGAGAUUUGUGGGUUAAAGAAAGUACAAAGAGGUGUACAUGCAUUUUUCUUUCAUGAUCGUCAUUGUACUGUUUGUUUUACACCUGUUUUGCAGACAUUUAUGUUACACAAAAUAAAGUCCUUGUUCAAUUUC